ACAAAAUGGCAGCGCCCGGUGGUCCACCCAUGUUGUUAGACUAGCUACUAAUGUGAACGGAGCAUUAAUUUAAAAAGAAAAGGGAAAGUCAUUUUGCUGUAUUAAAAAUCAGGAGGUAUGGCCACUGCAGGAAAGCCAGGUAAAAAGGAAAUCAAAAAGUAUAUUCCAGUCAAGACCUCCUUCACUUCACCAUUCAGUCCAAAAUGGGGCCAACUUCCUCAAGAAGACAUGCAUUUUAUCCUGAAAACCCUGAAGGACAAGCUGUGUUCCACGGGUCUUGAGAAAAAAGAGGUGAAAGUGUUUCGCCCGUGGAGGAAAAAGAAUGACCAGAAACCUUCUGCCACAUCAGAACUUGUUCCCCAGGUGAGCCAGGAUGGACAGGUGCAGGAUUCUCCCAAAAACGGCUGGACAGAUGUGGCAACUAGGAGACAACUGGCCAUUGGCAUCAACGAGGUCACCAAAGCUCUGGAGAGGAACGAGCUCAGACUUGUGCUUGUGUGCAAGUCUGUCAAGCCGAAACACAUGACGGAUCACUUGAUAGCGCUGAGCGCAACCAGAGGCGUGCCGGCCUGCCAGGUGCCUCGUCUGAGCCCGAGUGUGUCCGAGCCGCUGGGGCUGAAAAGUGUCCUCGCUCUGGGGUUCAGACGGUGUGCCUCCAAAGAUGACGAGGUGUUCACUGACACGGUUGAUGCCAUUACACCCAGAGUGCCCCCACUGGAUGUUGAAUGGCUACAAGGUGCAGCACCCAGAGUAACACCCAAAGACCCCGUUGACAUGGAAGAGGAGGAGGAAGUUGGUAAGAAGAAGGGCCAGAAAAGAAAACUUGAGAGUAAAUCUGAGGUUGUCACAGAAUCUGCCUCUUCCUGCACUCUGCAGCCUCUCAAAGUGAAAAAAAUAGUUGCUAACCCUGCAAAGAAAAGAAAAAAGGUUAAGUCAUAGCCAGUCAAAUGAAACAGAGACUCUGCCUAGAUAUUAAAAGGACCAUUCCUAUGUUUUUUUCCAUGUUUUAGCCCACUGGUUUCCAAUGAUUUUUUUGGGUGCUUUUGACAACCUAAAAAGAGUCUGCUUAUGUCCCUUUGUCACAGGGUAUUGCCUCAAUGUGGACAUGAGUAUGUUUUUUUCUUUAAGGACUUUUACAGGCCUGAAUAAAUUGCAUUUCACCUCCUAACCCUCAAGUUUGGAUCCACUGUUUUAGCUCAUUCACUUAAACUUAGCAGAUCACAGAUUUUAGUUUUGUGACUGCAUUUUUUCCAGCAUAUCGGACAGGGAUUUGAACCUUGCUUGAGAUAGGUAUGUAUUUAAUUACAGUGAACUAGAGCUGAAACACCUAAUCAAUUAGUCGAUCGAUUCUCUGGUUUAAGCUUCUUCAAUGUGAGGAUCUGCUGCUUUUAUUUUGAGUGUAUUGAAUAUCUUUGGGGGUUUGGACGGUUAUUCAUACAAAACAAGCAGUUUUAAGACGUCACCUUAGGUUUAUUACACAAAUUCUCUUAUUUCAUUGACAAAACAAUCAAGAAAGUAAUGGGCAGAAUAUAAUUGUUAGUUGCAGCCCUACAUUUAACACCAUGUCAACUUUCAUUUUUGUCAGUUAUGUUAGUAUUGCAUGGUAAAGCAGUUGACUGGCUUUCAAAGUCAAACGCAUUAAAACAGAAAAAUAUGAAUUUUAUUCUUUUAAAAAUAGAAGCAGAGAUCAUUUGUUGGAAUGGAACAGGCUUAUUUGCUUUACAAAGUUGGCCACCUUUGUAAAGCAAGUAAGCCUGUUCUAAUACUCCAUUCAAAUUAAUGGAAACCAGUAGCUGUAGUAGGAAAAACUCCAAUUCAUAUGAUUUUGAGGAUGGCUUACAUCACCUAGAAUAACUUGGUUAAACAUUUUAAGGACCCUGGUAUGAUCCUUUAAAUAGACUUUAUUUUAGUGAGAUUUCAUCGGCCAGAAACGGGCACAAAAUGGGACCUUUUAAAUUGAUGUUUUUGUGCUUCUAAAUUAAACCUACUCAACUGUGUGUGAGAUGAUAUAUUGUUCUGUAAAUAUGACAAUAUAACAGACAUCUCAGAGCCCAACCUGUUAACGUUUUUGGGCUGAGUCCAUUGAACAGUUUUCACAGUUAAACCUGAAUAUGCAUAAAGAAAAACUACUUUGUAUUUCUGUUGCCCCUGUCAUGUUAAAAAGAAGUGCAUUACUCAUGUCCCUUUUUUAAAGUGAGUUUAUUCAAUCAAAUAUCCAUGCUGGUAUAGCCGACGUGUGUGUUGAAACAGAUUGUUAUUUGCAUGGGGGGGGGGGGGUCAUGUCUAAAUGAUGCUGGUACAAGUUCCUCAGCCUUUUCACAGCUUCACAAUGGAUUUGAUUAAAAAUAUUGUUCUUCAGUUAGAGAAAGCUGUACGUCGUCGUUUCAAAAGUACACCCUCCCCACCCCAAAAUCUUAAUUAAAAAAAAAAAAAAAAAAUCUUUUAAAUAAGGCAGGUACUUCAUGUUGAGUUCUCACUAAAGGGUGUGGCUAGUAACAUCAAGGCUAAAAAUCAUCACAGCAGCAAAACUGACAUGCUCAAAGUUCAUUCAGCUGCAGGCAACACAUCUCUGACACAACCAACAUCCAUGAGGCACACCGACUCAAUAACCUGGUGUCAGUGUUAAAUUAAUGCCUGUAACAUUGGUAUAUGUCAAUGUAACUUGUUUAACCUCCAAAUGGUAAAAAAAGAAAAGUUAAGCCCUGAAGCACUGACUGUCCAUUAGUUGUCCUUUUCUUGCUAAUAUAUAAAGGGAUUAGAAGAAAAUUAUUUCACAUACAGAAAAAGUAACAACAAAAAUGGCAGCAGCCUUUACCUCAUAAGUUAUGCAGAGCCACACGAACAGGAGCAUCAUACACAAAGUAACAAACUCAGAGAAAGAAAGACAACUUUAAAACAUUUUUAACCUUUGAGUACACCAGCAGCUCCUCCACAGAACAAGUGGUCUGACAAGAUAUUCAUCGCUCAGUUGAACACAGGAAAAUGCCAAACACUCCAAACCCUCAAAAAUGUGUUUUGAAGUUGCCAAUUUGACUGGAAAGUUCGAGGAAAUACUAGAAAGAAAAAGAACAGGAAUGAUGUCUUAAGACAUUUUGCAAAGUACAAUUAUAAAUAUCAGAACUGUUUAGCUGCACGACACAC